UACGCGCUACGCGCUGGCGUUAGUCGUCAGUCAGUUACUCGGCUACGUUCGACGGCGUCGGUUCGUCAUCUGUUGAUCGCGCCUACAGCAAGUAUUCCCGCCCGUUUACGACCGUUGACACUUCGUCGUUGAGAAUUCAUCGGCCGAAAGUAAUAUAAGAUCGUUCACGAUAACAUGAUCUUUUCGAGAUAAGAUAAAGCGAGAAAUUUCGAGUGCUACCCCCCCUGCGAUUUCGCUCUCGCGCGCGAAUUAUUUGGAUUAAAGGCUUGUCGACGAGUACGCCGAAGACCCGGAAUCACGUGACGCGCGUGGUAUCUUAUAACACGUACAACGGAUGCUGAGUAACGUUCUCCAAGGCGAUGAGAUGACCAAGUGAUACUUCGACGCACGCAACUACGUGUAGCGACGUCCCGAAAUCGUGUCGAAGGGGAAAUAGGGGGCUGCCCUCGCACCUUCUAACGGAAAGCAAAAAAGAAAAGAUGCUUCGGCAAAGGAACUGUCACUUCGCCCUGGGAUUGCUCGGCUGCGUCAUUUUGCUGUCGACGACUACCGCGGACAAUAGCGUCCACAUACUAUCGAAGUAUACUCAUCAAUUGAUUACCUCGACCACUCUCAGGUGGCUGCCGGUGGCGCAUUACAACCCGAACGAAUCCAAAGAGAUAGUCAUCGGUGGCUUCGAGAAUAUAUCAGAUGGCGAAGAUGAAACUUACGCCAAUCAAGCGGAGAAACCGGAGGCGAGGAGACGACCGCUCUACGUGUGCCGCGCGAUGCACGGCAGCGUCUGGGUAGCCGGCACGCAGAAGGACAAGGAAAGGGUCUGCACGGUGACGACAUACGGCGUCGUGCAGUCGUACGACAAGUACGAAUUGCUGGAGAACAUCGACGGGGCCGCGCGUAUCGCAUGGGUUACGUAUCUGCAGCCUCACAUGGGCGCGGUGUACGUCAACAGCAAGACGCUGAUCGCCCGACACAUGGUCCCCAAGGACAAGAACGAGCCGCGAUACACCCAUUACAUCGGCACGCUCAGCUCCGAGAACUUGGGCACCAUCAUCUACGUGAACGAGCAUGGCAAGGAGGAAUCCGCAAAGUCUGGUGAUCUAUUGGUGGAGACCGAGCCAAUCCGUUACGAGCUGAGCGCCGUUAAACUCAACUGGCCUAAGAGGCGCGAUGUUAAACCACGCAUAUCACGCAUACUCAGCAACGUGACGAUCACCAAUCAUGGAGAGGAACCGUCAUCCUUGGCGGAAGCUUGCACAUAUACGUACAAGUAUGCGGUCUACUGGGGUCGUAGGCACGCCAUCCUUAGCGGCCUUAGCACCACGAUCACGCUGGCUAACGGCACGUCCUUGCCAAACAUAACGUGGGGCAUGCGCGACGAGGAGAAUCGCACGGAGGCCUACAACGUGCAAAUCUUCCUGGAGCCCGGCACGGGCGUGAACGUGACACUGAGGGCCAAUUACACGGAUACGGAAGUGCCGUACACCGCAACGUUGAUCUCGCACUACGAGGACGGCGCGACGAUGUCGCGCGUGAUCAGCGGCACUCGACAGGAGGAGACUCUGCUCGACAUCGUGCCGGAAUUUGGACCCAUCUACUUUCUGAGCAAUUACAGCGUGGUGCCGACCACUGUACCACCGCCUACCACGACCGAGCCGCCGACCACGACGAUCGCGGCGACAACGACGAUGCAGCCGCAGGAGACGACGCACCGACCUCGGCAAAUGGGCAACGCGGUGGACUCGGUGGACCAUGACGAGAAUCUGAUCGUGCCGCCGAAGAAAAUAGACAUAUCAACGAGCAUGCAGAACGACGACGGCGGCCCGUUGUCUCUCAAGAACAAGGGAGAUUACUCCGGCGUCGCGUGCGCGAAGUCGAGCCUGUUGACGCUCGUUAUCUCGCCGCUGCUGCUAUUGAUCCUUCAUAGAAUCACGUGAAGAUCCGAUCAUUACGCGCUACCUCCUUUAAUGUUAAUUUCCUAAAUCCUCCCCUCCCCCCCCCUCCCCCCCAUCUGCAAUAGUAAUAUAUAACCCAGUAGACGUACCGAAGGAAACAAAAAAGAUUAAAAAAUAUUUAAAAAAGAGAAAAUAGAAAAAAAAGAAUAUACGCGGAUGAGAGUAUUGCUGUAAUUUCGUAUAAUAGCGAUUAUAGCGUGUACGAUCCCCCCUUAUUUGAACACGCACUCGCUGAAUCACGUCGGCACCGCGAUGCUGAUAUAUGCUUGCCUUUAAAAAGAAACUCGAUAUAUAAUAUAUAUGAUACACAAAUAUCUCUAUAUUAUUAUACACACGUCUUAGGGUAGCACAAUAAGAAAGAUGCAUCUUCGCGAUUGAAGGAUGAGCUAAGUCUCGAUGAUGAGUCAAGUACAAGAACGAGAUCGCAGCGAUUAUCGAUGCGUUGUUUGGAUUAACUUGGCUGCGAAAUGUUUAUCCGUUAUGCCGUUGAACAGCUGAUCGCUGUGACACAAUGUGACAUUCCGUCUUUUUCUAAUCCCGCUGUGAGUCGUGACUUUCCAACUAUAAUGUAUUAUGUCCUAUGCCUUUGCAAAGUGUAUUCUAUAGAUCCUUUAGGAAAUCCUAAUCGCUUCAAAAGAUGACGGCACAUUCUUUAAGGAUUAUUAUGUCUAGGGGAAAAAAAAAGAAAAGAAAGAGCUAUACAAUCGCCGCGAAUAAUAUCUUGGAUAAGUAGUGGCGUAAUAUAGCGUUGGAAGGUAAAGUAAGUAGAAGUUAAGCACAACAGAAGAGAAAAAAAGCAAGAUACGCGAGUUGAUUCAGCUACGAUAUAUUUUUGAGAGAUUGCCGAUAUAAUUUUAGACGAUUGUAAAAUUUAUAAGGAUAGCAAGUAAGAGAGAAACGUAUAGGGAGUGUAAAAAUGAAUGGGUACACUAAUUCUCGCAGUACUAAUUUGAUCAAAUUCUAGCUAUAUUACAGCGAAACGGUGAUUGUGCAAAUCACAUUAUUUAAUAUGCAAUAACACAAUAAUUAUUUUCUUUUGGCUUUAAAAGAGCAGGAACAAGUAUGAUGUACGAUUCGUAUGUACCCAUUUCUUGCACUCUGUAAAGUAAUAGGAUAUCUGCAAAUAUCCUAGAAUACUGUUGAGAAAGAUUGUAAGCGAAAAGAUGAGGAACCACUGGUAUAUAAAAUAAUUGAAAUUGUUAAGAUAUAUAUAUUUCUUAACAAUUUCUUAAUAAGAAGAUAGAAUAUUUUGAUACGUAUGCGAAAUAUAAAAUUAUUGAGUUUGGUGUUUUGUGGAAAGAUUUUUUUUGUUUACUCGAAAGAUUAGGAGAAGAGACGUAUCAUUUUUUAUACGCGAUUGCGUUACCAGCGUUUUUACCGAAAAAGUUUCUAUAUGUAUAUAAUAUGUAUUUCUAUAUGAUCCUUGAUAAUUGUAAUUGUGUAGUGAGCUUAUUUAUAUAAUAUGAUUUAUAGAUAUUUUUUUUCUCUAUCGAUAAAUAGAGCGUUACAACUACAAUUCUUACAUAUAUUUUACUAUUAACCGACAUAGGAUUAGCGCGAUACACUUAUUUCGGAUUAACGGGUGCUUUGUCUCCGUAUUUAUAACGACGUUUAUCGACGUCUAAACGCCUAAUCAACCACACUUGUUGUGAUAUUCAAUAAAACUUUAUGUAGACACAAAACAAAAAGAGAAAAGAAAGCACUCUCUGUUGAACAAUUCGUUAAUUAUUAAAAAAAGCAAUAAUUUGUUGCGAGAUGAAGAAAGACUUGCAAAGUGUUGCGAAAAAGAGAAUAAAAGCGACGAUAGAAAAAUUCAAAUAUAAUUUGUAAUAUCCCUAUGCGCGAACGAUAUUUCUUCAAUGUUCCACAAUGAGUAAAUGAACAUGACGUAAGUACGAAGCAGCGUGCAACGUGCAAGGCAACGUAAAUUCGAAGAAGGAAAUUGUACGAGUUUAUACGAUACAAGAUCGUAAAUCUAUUGCUUCUUGACAAUUUAUCCUAUACACCGAUAGGCAGAGACGUAAAUGUCUUAAAAAAACUAGCUAUCGACUUCGACAAAGCCAAGAAUUAUUCUAAAAAUAUCUAUAUUUGAUGCAGAUGUAUUAUUUGUGAAUAUGCUGCUGUAUUGUACAUUAUCAUGUAAAUAUAAAUACUAUGUACAUAUAAAAA